AUGCGCAAGCCCUGUGCUCUGCAGUGCGCUCCGGACGUCGAUGCGUCCGUGCUUUCAACCGCACAUCAGCAUGUCAAUCGCAUCCUUCUAGAGGAGACCUGCACGCUGUUUCCGGCUCAGCCUGCUCCAGACCACCGCGUCAGUGCUCAACCUGCAUUUCGUGUCACUGCCCGGGCUGUGUGGGGCCUUUACCACGCCUUCAAGCGCUCAGGUGUGUGCACCUUCCGCAACAUCUUCGCCAAGUGGCGACUUGCAACUCAAUUCGCCAGAGCCUCAAAAGCCCUCCGCCAAAGCAGUCAGCAGCUUAAGAAGCAAUUCUUUCAGGGGCAGGUUGAAGAUGCCGAACUUGCGGCUAGCCGAGGGGAUCAAAGAGGCCUACACCUCAUUGUUCGUAGGCUGUCUCCGCGCACCCGCCAACUGGCAGGAAGGCUCCGGGACGACUCCGGUCGACUCCUCACCCGCGACGAGGAGUUAGAAGCCAUCAUCCAAUAUGGUAAUGCCACCUUUGCCAAGCACCAUGAUGAUCACCCGAUACUCCCCCUCGCCCAGGAUGUAGUCAUACCUGCCGCUGACCUGGCAGCUGAACUGUCCAAACUUGGGCUUGCCAAGGCUGUUCCCAAGCACAUUGCCCCUUCCGCAGUCUGGAAGCUCUGCUCUUCUGACCUGGGUGAGGUCCUGAGUCAUGCCUUGUCUCGGCAUCUUCGCCGGGGCACCAGUGCCCCCCUGGACACAGACUGGAAGGCUGGCCAGAAGACGCGCGGCUGCGCCGGAGGCAUCAGCCUCUCCUUGGAUUUGUCCAAGGCCUUCGACGGGGUCACACGUUCUCACAUUUACCAGGAAAUGAAGGAUUUGUCUUGGAUUCAGCGGGUGUUGUCACUCUUCGCUGAUGAUGCUUGGGGAGCUUGGGUUAUUGCCUCGGCGGCUGACUUCCAACAAGCCCUUGCUGACAUCACUCUCAUCCUUGAAACUCUCGAAUCCCUUCACAUGAUCGUCAACUUUGAUAAGACAGCCAUCCUUCUUCACCUGGUUGGCAAGGAGUCCAAGAAACUCCGACGGAACCACACCUUCAUGAAGGCGGGGCAGCUUCACUUGCGUCUCUGGGUGCACGGUCGUGAACAAACCAUUCCCAUUCGGGACCAGCACGUCUACUUAGGCACCAUAGUGACCUAUCAUAGUCGACUUGACCGCAACAUGGAGCACCGCAUCAAGGCCGCCCGAGCCAACUACCAGGGCCUCCGCAAGCUGCUGAACGGGGCUCAUGCCCUAGACACGGAUCAUCGCAUCCGACUGUGGAAAGCAUGUGUCUGCUCCAGCGUUAUGUACUCCCAGCAUGUAGUCGGCGUGACCGCUAAAACCCUCAAGCGCUUAACUACGGUGCUUACCAGGCAUCUUCGUGCCAUCCUCCGGGUGCCGGCUCACUUGACGCACAUUACCAAUCAAGCCGUGUGGCAUCAAGCUGGCCAGCCGAUGCCAGGCUGGACCGUCCAGUGUGCUUUGCUACAGCAUCAAGCCAAAUUGCAGCACACAGCCGCGUCAAGGACCGACAUUACCAGCACUCCCCAAGCUCUUGCACAUGUUGACGUCCUAGCCGGCCGUCUCGAGGCGCUGCUCCUUGAAGCUGCCCAGACUCUCGCCACCGAGGCGGUGAGCGCACCGUCCAUCAGAGACAGCAUGAUUCGCGCGCCACCUUCGGAGGCGCAUGUACCUGCGCCGAUCAAACCACCUCCCACCGCGGGGCUUGCAGUCUUUGCGGAAGAAAAUGUCAUGCACCUGCCUCUGAUCAAGCGUCAAGCUUUUCUUGCAAGCUUGGGAAACUGGGAAAAGUGGUUGUCUGUGCCUGAGCUACGCCAGGAGCUCAAGAACUACUGUGCAAUAUGCCACAUGUGGGUUGCUGACUAUCGUCACAUGAAGCAACACUACAAUCGCAUACACGGCCCGAACAACCCUACCCUAUACUUCCCCGGGCCCUGGACCUCUGUACCUCCUUCAAAAGUCAUCUACGCCGGGACAGCUCGUGCAUUUGGUGCGGCCAUCGCGUCGGCGAUGUACGGGGAUCCACUGACGAUGGACGCCUUUGCCCACGAGGAAGCCGAGAUCUUUGCCAACCUUUGGACCGGGCCAGAGCCCUACCUGGAGGACGGCCGCUCUCAGAAGCGCCAGAGGCCGGAGCAGCACCGCUGGAGCAUGCCGCCAGCACAGCGGCCGAGCCAGCCGCAUCACCGCGGAGGCCCGCCCCCAUCACGGCCGAUGCAUCCACUUCAGAAUCACAUCAACCUGCUCGGCCGCGUCGUCCUGCAGCAGGAGGACAUCAUCAGCCGCUUGCGCAACGACAAGAACUUCGUGUUGUUUUUGCGCAACGACGCCAACGGCACGCUGGGCACGCUCAUGCGCAUCUCUCGCGAUUGGAAGGCCAAGAAGUCACUGGAGCCGGAGCAGCUCAAAUCCCCUCUUCGCACGGUACUCAUAGCCUGCAUGAUCCGCGAGCUCAUGAACCUGGCCCAGCAAGCGGUAGCAACGGAGGAG